UCUCGUCUCUUGCACUUUUCAAACGCUUUGUCCAUUUCCCAUAAUGUCUGAAAAUUUAAAAGACAUUCCAGAAUUCUUUGAGAACUCGCUAGGGGAAUCGCUAGCAACAAGAACAGAUCAACUAGGCGCGUUUCGUGAACUGGGACCACCAGAUUUGUGUCAUAUCACCAAGACAAACCUCAAACCUGGACAAAAAGAGAUCGGCAGCUAUCAUUAUGUAUCAGGAGUCGAUGCCUCCUCAUCAGCUUCAAUAGCUGCUUAUCUUAACUCAUUGACAUAUUCUGUGGAUGACAAUGCCGCUUGGUUUGGGAAAGGAGAGUGGAGAAUAAGAGGAGCUACAUACUGCUGCUAUAACGCAUUUUCAAGACUAGACAUCCGGGUGGAGGUUAAAAUACCUGGUGGCGUGGAAAGCUAUUGCGUUGAUACAAAUGGAGAGAGGCAUGAAGCAACCAAUGAAAUGUGGCAGGAAGCGUUCCUGUCGGCUUGCGUUCGAGCCAUUCUGUUUGCAGACGAUGGUAAUUAUCGUAUAGCCGGCUACCGCAAGCUUGAUCCUAUUCCAAACGUCGCGUCUGAAGCAAGAUUUUUGGAAGCUGCACACAAUUUGUUUGACAAAGGAUGGUUACUGGGAAGUAACCCAGAGGUACAAACAGCGACCCUGGUCAAGAACCAUUUGUCGGAUGCUUUGAUGAAGUUUUUCUCUUAUAACUUCCAAUUUGAGCCACUGCUUGAUUUUCUUGAACGAUUGUAUGGUAAAGACCCAGAGGUUGGCGCUUUAUUAGCCAAAGCUUAUAUUGAGUCAGAUCAAGAAAUCAAAGCUGUACAUCUGCUUUACAAAACGUUACAGAUUGCACCUACGAAAUACACUGUUUUGCAUGCUCAAGUUGAUUUCCUCGUUAGCAAGGGAGCUUUCGACAAUGCGCUCAAAAUAGCUAAAUUCGCAGUCAACUGUAUGCCGUCCGAAUUUCUGACCUGGUCGAAGCUGGCUUCUGUGUAUAUUGAACUUGGGGAAUAUAAAUUGGCUUUGUUAGCUCUGAACUCAUGCCCCAUGUUUACAUACUCUGAGCGCGACCAGCAUCGCAUGCUACCUCCCGCUAGGACUCAUUUGCCCAUUAAGCUCGCUCUUCUAGAAUCUGGUUUAUUGGAGCAUGAAAUACGUGAUCCAGAGAGCGAUCCAAAUUUGUUGAGGCUUCCAGCUGCCGCGCUACAUGGUACCUUCCUUCAAGCUUAUUCGUUGCUGACGAAAUUAGCAUCUAAAAUUGGAUGGGACGAGCUGUUGCGAGCAAGAUCUGAUGUUUUCGUUAUGGAAGAGGAAUAUCGAAAGGCUAAGGAAGCGGAGGAGACAAAAAGAAAAUCGGUCACGAUAGAGACCAUCAAGCAGGUCCAAGAAAACAGACGUCUGAGUGCGCUGGAAGAAGCAAAUCAGACUUUCGAUAGCAACCCGACGGCAUCCGAGCAAAAUGGAAGCAUGUACCGUCACAGCCAAGUUGAGCAAACCGGCACUUUGUCCAACGGUGACGCUACCAACGUCGACGUACCCGAAACUGAAUUGCAACAAAAGUCUACAGAAAACGGCCAUAUUCCUUCUACGGCUGACAUGACGGCAGACAAGGACGAGCAGGAAGAUAAACCGGAAACCUUGGAAGACGCAGAGACUGCCACCUUGGAUCAGACAGAAACCAUUCCAGACCUGCAUGAGGAGGAAAAGGAUGCUGUGGAAGUCAAAGAGGCUGCCACUAUAGAUCACACUGAAGUUGCCCCAGAACAGGAUGAAGUCGAUGUCGCAGAUGAGGUGGCCCAUGUCGACGAUAGUGAUCAUGUGCAAGAGUCAGAAUCUAAGGAGACCGAAUCCAAGAGUGCAGAAACUGACGACAAUGAUAGCAAUCUUCCUUCCGGAGUAAUAACACCUUCAAGUGCCCAUACUGGUGAGGAGAAGGAACUACAGAAUCCAAUGAGCAAAAAUGCCAAAAAGAAUCAAAAGAAGAAGAACAAGAAGAAGAAUAAGAACAAGAAGCUUACCGUAUCUCCCGGUGAAGCGAAUGCCAACGCAGAUCUUGAUGAAGUCCCGUCACCGAGCACCCCAGAGGAAGACGCACCUGAGAUGCCUUCCGUUGUUGCACCUACUGAGGAUGAAAUCACAGCAGAUGAAAAAUUGGACGUUAAUUCCGAAGAGUUUGCUGAGAUCGAUAUCAAUAGCUCUCAACCAGCUAUGGUAGAAGUUCCUGAAGCUGCAGAAAACGAAGAGGCUACAUCGGAGACGUUAGAAAAUGGCGUCCAGGAAGAGCAGCCUUCAGCCCCAGAGUCCGCAACUACAGCUGUGGAAGAGCCCGAUCAAACGGUGCCAGCCGAAGUAACUGAUUUGGAACCUGCUGUCGAUAUUAAUACCAAUGGAAGUGUCGGAGCCUUGGACUUGCAAGGACUUAAGGUACCCAUUGAAAACAGCGGCAACGGACUGGGCAUUCAAAGCUCUGAAGCAGUGCGAGAGCCAGCAGAAGCCUCCAAGCAGGUAAAGACGGAGGAGAGUGAAGACAAAGUAAAGGACAAAAAGGAACCCGGAGCUCUGUUCCUUGACCUUCACUUGAAGCAUAAGCGCUUAUGUGAGCGCUGGCUCGACAAUCUUUUUAUAGUGUUAUACGAAGAUUUGCGACAGUACACUGUGUGGCGCACAGAGGUACAGCACUACAGAUCGCAGCAAGUAGAAUAUCAUAAGAACUCUACGGAAUGGGAGAUCCUUGGCGAUUUAGCCACUCGAUUAUGCCACGAGCCGGAGGCAAAGGAAGCGUAUGAGAAUUGCCUCGACCAUCGAUUCUCUCCAAGAGCGUGGACACGUCUUUUGGAAUUAUACGCUGAUGAAGGUGAUCUACCCAAUGCUUUAAUGGCCGUAGUGAAACUCACCAUAUACCACAAUAGAUGGUACAACGAAAUGACAAACCCAACCCAUAUCUCUAUGAACUUGAACAAGGUUAUCAGCAGACACGGACUUUCCAAGGUCAGAAACAGCUUGACGGCUAUGAACUUGAUUGAACCCAUCUACAGGUUGAUUUGCCAGUACUUUGAUAACGCCGUUACUUUCAAGGUUGAUGGCUAUGACUUUUAAUAGUAGUUCCUUUCCGCCGCCUGAACUGAAAGAGUCCUUCAACAAAAGAAAAUUAGCACACGCUUGGUUCAGCCAUUUAUAUUUACAACGGCGAGCUUAUAAUAAAUGUGCAACUACUUGAAUAACAUUGGUUCCCAUGCCAUGACAUGAAA